AUGAGCACUGUCCAGAGAGCCCAUUAUUCCCCGCCGUGGGCCAACACCAGCAUUAUCGGUGUUGCUGGCAGUUCCGGUUCAGGAAAGACGACCCUCUCCCUGGCGAUCAUCUCCGCCCUGAACCUGCCCUGGGUCGUCAUCCUGUCCAUGGACUCAUUCUACAAGCCGUUGACCCCGGAGGAGUCUGCCAGAGCUUUCAGAAAUGAAUAUGACUUCGAUGCGCCCGAGGCCAUCGAUUUCGAUCUUCUUGUAGACGUGUUGCGCGACGUCAAGCAGGGUAAAAAGGUAGAGGUCCCCGUGUACUCGUUCUCCAAGCACAAUCGCGAAGAGAAGACAACCACCAUUUACUCGCCGCACGUCCUCAUCCUCGAAGGCAUCUUCGGCCUACACGACCAGCGCGUGUUGGAUCUGCUCGAUUUGAAGAUUUUUGCCGACGCCGAGCCUGACCUGUGUCUUUCCAGACGGCUUGUGCGCGAUGUCAAGAGCCGUGGCCGUGACAUCGAGGGCUGUAUCAAGCAGUGGUUCCUGUACGUGAAGCCCAACUUUCACAGAUAUGUUGCACCUCAGCGAGAAGUUGCCGACCUUAUCGUUCCGCGUGGUGUCGAGAACACGGUCGCCAUUUCCAUGGUCACCGACCGUAUCCACAAGAUUCUCACCUUGAAGUCGAGGAUGCACCAAGCGGAGCUCAAGCGUCUUGGGAAGCUCGCAGAAGAAGCUCCCCUGUCAUCCAAUGUCAUCGUUCUCCCAGAGACAAGGCAGAAUCGAGCCAUCCACACGCUCCUGGUCAACCCCGCUCUUGAUCGCGAGAACUUCAUCUUCUACUUCGAUCGCAUUUGCGCGCUGCUGAUUGAGGAGUCUCUGGUGUGCAUGCAUUUCGACGUAGUCGAUGUCACGACACCCAUGGGGACAGUCUACCGAGGCUUUAAGCCCACGGGCGAGACCAGCGCAGUCACCAUCCUCCGUGGCGGCAGCGCAUUGGAGAGGGCUUUCCGGAGGGUCCUUCCCGAUUCAAGGAACGGGAGGAUCCUCAUCCAAACCAACCAUCGGACUGGAGAGCCGGAACUGCAUUACAGGGCGCUCCCGAAAGACAUCGAGAAACACGAGCGCGUUUUGCUUAUGGAUUCACAAAUGUCAAGCGGCGGCGCUGCUCUCAUGGCAGUGAAAAUCCUAGUGGACCAUGGCGUUCCGGAAAAGAACAUUGUCUUCGUCACUUAUAUGGCCGGAAGGCUAGGUGUAGGAAGACUGACGCACGUUUUCCCGGAUAUAAUGGUCGUUGUUGGACGCUUGGUCGACGAUUACGAAGAGAGAUGGGUUGAGAAGAGGUAUUUCGGCCACUGA